AUGGCGUCAAGUGCAGUAUUUGGCAAAUGUGUUCCGGGGUCGCUGGAAACGAGAAUACCUUCCUUCGUUGCAGGAGCGCCAGAAAUGGUUUCGACCGAGAAGAAACUUCACUGUUGGAGACACGGUUAUCGCUGAUUAAUCGACGGCCAGGAACGUGUGGCGGAUUGGUCGAAUCACAGAAGUGUUCUCAGAUAGAGAUGGUUUCGUGCGGCGCGUAAGAGUCAAAACCGAGACCACUACUUUGGAGCGACCCAUUACGAAGUUAUGUUUGCCGGAAUCAAUUGAACAUUGAAAGCGUCUUGUUUUCUCGAAUUUGUUCAAGAGACUUUGGGUGACUUUCACUGAGCUUACGUGAUGUUCUAUCAAGUUUGAACAAUGACGCCUGUUGAGGCACUUAGGCCUUCGUGACACUGUUUUUCGCUUAUGGAGUUUGGCGUUAAAGAAGAUUAUUGUUUUCCGUGGUUAAUCUUUAUGUUAGUUCCUGGCACCUUUUGUUUUUUUUUUUUUUUUUCGAUAAUAUUAGGUAAAUACAACCGAUUUGUAUUCAGGGGCCGGAAUGUAGGCGCCAGGAAUUUUUCCGUUACCUUUAUAGUAUUUUUAUGUUCGCCGCGUUUUUAGUUAUUUUCGUGUUCGCGCCUUUAGUGCUGUUUUUUGGUUCAUUAGUUUUUCAUUGUCCGCGUAGCUUUGUCCUUCGUGUUAGGGUUUUCUGCAUAUCGUAUAUUUAGGUUUUAUUGUAAUUUUCGCGUCAGUUCUUCGUUAGUUGCGCUUGGUCCAGUUUACAGUUUAAUGUAUGGGUCUUAGCUUGUCCUAGUAUUUCGUCCUUAUCUCGCUAUCAUCUUCUUUAUCUCUAUACUUCACAUCGCUUCGGUUCGCUUGUUUUCCUUCACCGGUUGUGAAGGUCCUGAAAUAAAGUUUGUGUGUUGAAAACUAUAGCGCGUAAAGGCUGCGACUGCACUGAUCGCGGAUGACAAUCAUAAGGCCGGAUAUCGGUCUUUUGACAGCUAAAUGUAUUGAUUUAUCUUUAUAAGUCUCCAUUAAGUGAUUUAAUAGACAAGGAAAAAGGCUACCAAAAUGUAGAAAAUAGUUCCGAUAACGAGAGUAAUAAUGAGGAGAGUUCAUCGGAUAUUGAAAAUCAGGAGGAGGAGGAGGAGGAGGAAAUGGCUUCUGAGAAUGGCGUGGAAGCUGAAGGCACCCAAGAGAGCGACAACGACACUGAAAACGACAGUCAGGAAACAGAAAGCAGUAGCCCUGAAACGUCCACCGCCUUUCACUCUAAACGUCCCGUUGAACAUUGUGAGAACUCUAUUGUGUACUGGACAUUGAUCAUGAAUUGACCUAAAUGCUUUUGGCACGAUUACUACAAGAUUUGUCCUAUAUGCGAUCACCAGAUUCCCGAGGGGAGAAAUUAUAUAAAAGAGGGCUUUCGUUGGUGUCACGAUUGUGGAGCAGUUACAGACAAAAUCGCGAAGACGUUGGAAACCAAUUUCGAUUCCUAUUCCCCUUCUAAAGACGAGAACGAAGAAGAGGAUUAGUUAAUUUCCGUCCUUACAAAUCCCUGUGUAUUUGACUCUUUUAGUCAUUGUUUUUUGAUAAAGUUUUUAAAACGGUAUCUCUCUUGUGGUUUUAUUGCUAGCAAUUGUUAGUCGCGUGUAUUAAUUGAUCCUUGUUAAGUUAUUUCAAAUUUUUUAAAUAAUAAUACGUCAAGGUGCUCCCUUGGGUCUUUCCUGUAGAGCUAAUUUGUAUUCAACUUCGCAUAAUUAACCGACUAACGGUGCGUGAAAUUACAAGACUUUAAUAGUUUUUCAUUUCCUCGAGACAGAACGGAGAAAACGUCAGACAAAAUUGAAAUAGAGAGUUUUCAGUUCUACUUUAAUUUUGUGUAUGUGUUUUGUUUAUAUAUAUCCGAGUUUUAGCGCGAAAUAAGAUAUAGGAAUCGUUGCUAGGUGAUCGCUCCUAUUUUCCUUUUAAUAGACAUUCCGUAAACCGGGCUCAAGUUACUCACCGGGAAACUCUAGGCAAGCCUAUUGUUCCUAUUGUGUUCUUCCAUAUGAAAAGAAACGACUAUCCACUUCAUUGUAUAUAGAGGAAGGCACUAAAUUAGCCAAAACUUUAGAAUGCAGGAAAUCCAAAUUAGUAUGCGGGAAGACACUUAUUAGUAUGCAGAAAGGCACUAAAUUAGUAUGAAGGAAAUCCAAAUUAGUAUGCGGGAAAUCCAAAAUGAGGUUAAGUUUGUUGAAGCAUCACUACUAAUAUCGUUUGGAAAUGUCUGCAUGAUACAGAAUGGCUUUACUUUUUUUCGAUAGUAAUUCACGUUUGAGGCUCAAACUAUCAACUGCAUGCAGUACUCUGAACCGGUUGUAAUAGGCCACUUCCGAGUUCCAAAAACCCUCACUUUCAAAAUGAGGCCAAGUGCACAACCUUUCUUGUGAAAAUGACUUUUAUUUGCACGAGAAUGAAAAAUCAUUUCCAUAUCAAAGGCUGAACACUUAACCUCGUUUGGAUACAGGGGCAACUCGGAAAUGGCCUAUUCCAUAAUCAAACUCGGUCGCAAUCACGCAAUGAAAUAAAUACACACACAGAACACUUAGUUCAGAAACACAAUGAUUUGCUUUCAUUCAAAAGAAGCUAUUUGGUCCUUAAGGAAGAAAAAAAGAAAACAAGGUAACAAGAAAGAAAAGCUAACAGAAUACUUACACUUGACUUUGAAAAUAGCUAGAAGGUCGUAUUACAACAUUGGUCUCAGAAACUUUGUAUAAACAAAAUCACUGCCGAAACCACAAAGCGGCUCUAAAUGAAAAACCCACCGAGUCUCCGCAAUGACGCAAUGAUUCUUCAUUCGCAGUUCAAUUUAGCAUUUCAGUUUCGAAGACGAGGGCAAAUUUGCUGUCUACGAUAUAGAUUAUCGAAAUGUUUGAACUCCACGCAAGCAUACAGGGAUGUGAUCCGCUAAAUAUCAAGCGAUAAUCCCCCUAAAAUUUCUCGUGAUUAUGCAUUAUUAUGCGAAUGUUUAGACAAUCAACCAAUCAAAAUCACUACCCGGUUUUCGGGUAGUGAUGGCGUCACUGGACGGCAUUAACGGCCGGUCGAUUCAGACGUUGCUGAGAGGAGAAAACGACUCGAAUCAAUCGGAUGAAAUUCAGGCUACCUUUACCGACUGCUUCAACUGUUAACACGCUGAACGCAGUCCGUAAAUUGAACAGAGAGUGUUUCUUUCUCUCUUUAAAACGUCAAGUAAACAGUAAUCCAACAACAUGCAGUUACAUACCAAAGGAUCAUUCAUGAGAAAAGGAGCUCCACUGUCAGCCACUGGCUUGAAGUGCUAACAACGGUCACUUGCCAUAAAUUUUCACCAACCGAUUACCGAUUGCCUGCGGCGUUCUGUCUUUCUAUAGACUACAUGCCUAUAUGUCUCCUCGCUUCAGCCCUUUGUAAGCAUCCAACGACCACUAGAGCCCAAGGAAUUAAUACAGACAACAACGCUCUUAAACUCGGCGUUAAGUCUCGCUUGCUUGGAGAUUAGAAAGGUAAUGAGGAGGCGAUUAAUUCUAGACGAGACAGGAUUUACUUGCUAAAGGCUUUCACUUCCUACUUUAUCGACGGUCGAGUAUUCUUCACGAUGUUUAACUUUUUAUAGCGGAGCUUUAGCGCGCACGAAGCGCGCGCUUUCGGAGCACCAUGGGUAAGAAAAUUUGGUAAACUAUCCAUCCGAGAAAAUUUGGUUGUGACGUAGCGUAUUCCCACCCGUACACACACUUCAUGUAAGCUGAUGUCAAAUGUCACAUCUUGGAGAAAUUAACACUUUGUAAGCCAUUCGUAUGAGGAUGAAUUGGCAGCUAUCAAAAUCAGACAUCCGCUGACAGUAAUCACAUGACCAUCUCGAGGGCUCAGAUGAAAGAUCAGUCGUUUUCCCUACAUAUAAGCUGAUAUAAUAUGUCACACCAACAUAAAAAUGAAAAUAAAAUGAAACUUCGCUUUCACCGGCCAGGGCUGUCAGUUUAAAGUUAUACGCACUAGCCAAAUUAAGGUCAAUUGACAGCUGUCAAAAUGGGACAUGUGAAGAUCACUAUCAGACCCCUAACAACGUAGGCUCAAAUACACGACAUUUGGCCUCAUUAAUCCUCGAUUACAACCCAGACUAACACUCGCAGUCAACAGUACGUUUAUUUGAAAAUUCGCCAUUCUAGUGAAGUUCAAUUGACAGCUGUCGAACUACAGCAUCCGCUGACCAUCAUCACCUGACCAUAUCGCGGGCUCAGGUAUCGGCCCACUUAGUUCGAGGUUUUUUGAAGUUAUCCGCUGACAAGUUACUACUUUUGAAAUGAUUUCAGACUCAAGUUCAAUUUUUUAACGCAUAGGAAAUAGGGAGUUGUGUUAAUGAUUCGUACUAUUAAACUUUUAAUUUCAAACUGACCUCGGAAACUAGAAUUCAGCCAGCUUUUACAGACCGGGAAGCUGUUUUUGACCUUUCUCACCAUGGUCACGCUUUACGUCCAAUUUUUGUGUUCUGAUUGGUCAAAAAUUGACAGGUGGGUUCGUGCGGAAAAUUUAUGCAGCAUCUUGAAACUUGUUUACUGAUAGCUGAAACUGACGGAGUUUUGCGUAUAAACGUUGUGAAACUUUUAACUGUCUUUUUCUACUGGAAGCACAAAAUGAAAUACAGAUGCUAGCAAGGUUCUUAAGUUAUUCAUGGCUGGUUUGUUUAUUGGUUAUUUUGGUUGAAAAAUGCGCCGCUUGUCAAAGUCAUCAGAAAUCCGAUUUUGAGAUGGAUCUCUUUUACUCACUUCCCCUUGCUUAAUGCGUAUUAUAAAGAAGGUUCAAAAAAAUCUCAAGCGAUUCUGAUGGCCUUCAGGAGCAUCUUGACUGGUAAGUCUGAGUUAUUAUUGUAUUUGAUGCUUUUUUUUUUUCUGGUUUCCUAAACUCGUGCGUAGUUUCUGCCCCUAGUUUAUGCACAAGACAAUGAUCUACAAUAGCAUCAGGUUUGACAUAACCUUACAGAUUUUUAAAAAGUCUUAACAUUUUCUGACCACAAAUACAAAGAAAACGUUGCGAAGAAUACAAUGUAUUUAGUUAUGCUUUUGGCUGUAAAAAGAAAUCUCUGAGCGAUAUUCUUGCCUCGCGGUUCAUCUUGAAGUAAACACCGGGACGCUGGCUAAAAUCAGCAAGGUUUUUGAAGUUUAUGAGCUUAUGCUCAUGAUAUUCAGAGACACUUACUCUCAAAACUUAUCGUCGUGAAUAAAAAUUGUUGUCUCUGUACAUGUUUCACCGAGUUAUGUUUAUUUUACUGAUUGUCAGUAGUCUCUUUGUCAAUUUAAUCGCUGCGCAGGUUGUUUUCAGUCGAACAUAUAACAAAACAUCGCACGCAGGAGUACUCAAAAAGCCGCGCGUAAAUAUCACAUAAAAAAACACAAAUAAAGGGAAAUAAAACCUAAACAUAAUAAGUUCACUAUCAUGUUGAAGCUUAACUCUAUUAAUGUUCAUUUAAACGGCUCCGACAGCUCGGACUGCAAAUUUGGUGCUUGACAAAAGUGAGAACCCGUCCGGCCAGUAUAGGUGAUUUUGGGAAUUUUUUUUUAUCGUUUUCACUAAAAACCGAUAAUUAUUACCCUACAUAUCACAGGAGCAGAUUUUUACGACUAACAGUCCCGGUAGUAUGGAAAAUUCUCUUCAUGAAAACGUUUUAUAAUGUGGUCAAUUCUAUAAUUUUUUGCUCAAAGGAAGCGCGUGCUUCGAUCGUCCUGGAUAUUGAAUAAGCGCAAUUUGUCUUGCAAGAUUAUGAAAAACUGCAGAAUUAUAGGUUUAAAUAGGCAAGGAAAAAUAACUGGAACAGGCAUAGUACUGUUUUCCUCAGAACUUAUGUAUAAAAACACUGAUAAAAGGUAUAUUUAAAAGACUGGUUUACACACCACCAGAUUUGUCGCCAAGAUUUACUUGUAAAGUAAACCUGUAGAACUCAAAUCUUUUUCGAAACACGAAAAGACCAGCCUGAUUUUUUUUUUAUUUUGGCCUUCCUUUGAGACAGAGGAAUGCAACUUGUAAAUUGGCUGCAACCGGGCCCCUGCAACCGAGGACUCUCGUGUGUUGCAUUAAAUCAUGUUUCGGGGAUAUCCAAUUGUCUCCAUAGUCUUACGAUCCCCAACGGAGUGGUUGGAGAGACUAUGAAUUAACCUUAUAAAAUAAAGGCAGUGUAGGUGGGUGACUUGGUUUAACUUCUUUUGUUUGGAAAGAAUUUGUUUUCUUGGCCUAAUCUACUGUGAUCGAAGAAGAUUGCUGUUUUUCGGUGUACAUAUAAGACUCAUUUUAACUCGAUGUAAAAUUUGUUUCACUCUUGGACUGUCAAAUUAUUCUUCUCCAAGGAAUCACUUUCCUCAAAAGUCUCACGAAUCUACCUUAAAGUUAACUGAUUAAUGUUUACUGUUUUAUUUAAAUUUUAUUAAUUUAUUAAAGUGAGCUUCGCUUUUAGCCCUGGCUAAAUCUAUAUAUUAUCGUAUUCGACGAUUUGCUUCUGAAUUGAUUUAGGGACGGACCAUGUAAUUUUUGUGGGGGUGGGAAGCGGGGGUUGGGCAAUUUCUUCUGAGUAUGAUUUUUUUUUUCAGCAUUACUAUUUGCAGCAUUUUUUUUCACCAAAAUAAGUCUCUGAAGGAAUUGUUUUUUACCAUUCAAUGUUAUUUUAUUAUACCUAGAAAAGGACCUUCAUGAAGCCUGAAAGAAGCCCAAUCCCCUCUUUAACUCGUGGAUUACGCGUAGCAUAAGGAACGAGUUAUUGUGGGCACUGCGAUAUGCAAAUGUCUCCCUCGGGUGUAGACACCUUUCGUAAUUAGUCGGAUCGCACGAAAACGUCCGAUGUCAAAACAACAAUUGUCGUGGAUUGUUCGUUCCCGUUCCGCGAUCAAGAAGUGCUGAGCGUGCAUUGUGCCCAGAGCUUUUGACGUUAUGAUUUUGUACCUUUCACCGGGCGAUAAGUUAUCUUCAUGUGGAAUUUGAUAUGUUUCAGGUUAGUACUAUGCAUGGCCACCUUUGAGACAGAAGUUUAUGAAUUUUUGAAGCUUUUUUACGCGUCUAGGCGAGCUCUCGGCUCUGUCGUGAGUCUCACAAUUCUUUAACUUUUCUCACCAUAAGACUCCGGAUCUCAUGGUUUUUAGGGAAAUAUCAUUCUGAUAAGAAAUGUUUCUUUGUUGAAUCAAAACGGAAAUGUUAACUGUUGCUCAAUCGUAAUUGAUAAUUCUCCUCAUGUGAAUGAAGAGAAUUUCAAGCCUGUACAACGCCGUCAGCACGACAGUUCGCGACGGUUUUGCGAGGAAUUUAAAAUCGCUUUGGCGGCCAUAUGUUCUUCAGUUGCGACCAAAUGA